UAUCUCUAUAUGUAUAUGUAUAUACACAUCUUUCCUUCUUUACAGAUCCAAUUAUCACUCUCUUUCUUUAUUUCUUUGUCUUCAUAUAUAAGUUAACUUUUAACUUAACAAGAUCAGAUCUUUUUUCCAAGAUUCCAUUAAUUGGUAUGUUAGGGUUUAUACCCAAUUGGGUUUUUGUUUUUUAACCUCAAAAUUACCAUAAAAAUGCUUAAUUUUGUGAUUUAGUUGCAAUUUUAAGCAUACCCAUGUUAAUGCCCACCAACUGUUCUACGUAAUUCCGCUUAGAAGAUUGAAAUUUAUAGACUUUCUUCUUGCCUUUUCAGGUCUAGAGAAGUAAAAUGGCAACACCGGUAGAACCACCAAAUGGUGUUAGAACGGAAGGGAAGCAUUACUUUACUAUGUGGCAGGCAUUGUUUGAAAUCGAUACAAAAUAUGUUCCUAUCAAGCCUAUUGGAAGAGGUGCAUAUGGUAUUGUGUGUUCUUCUGUUAACCGUGAAACUAAUGAAAAGGUUGCGAUUAAGAAGAUACAUAACGCCUUUGAUAAUCGAAUUGAUGCUAUGAGAACUUUACGUGAACUUAAGCUUCUUCGUCAUCUUAGACAUGAAAAUGUUAUUGCUUUAAAAGAUGUCAUGGUGCCGAUCAAUAGAAGAAGUUUUAAAGAUGUCUAUUUGGUUUAUGAGCUUAUGGAUACGGAUUUGCAUCAGAUUAUUAAGUCAUCUCAGGCUCUUACAAAUGAUCACUGCCAAUAUUUCCUCUUUCAGUUGUUGCGAGGCUUAAAGUAUCUCCACUCGGCAAACAUUCUCCACCGUGACUUGAAGCCUGGGAAUUUACUCAUUAAUGCAAAUUGUGACCUAAAAAUAUGUGACUUUGGGCUUGCAAGAACCCGAAGUGGUACAGAUCAGUUCAUGACUGAGUAUGUAGUUACUCGUUGGUACCGAGCCCCAGAGCUCCUCCUAUGCUGUGACAACUAUGGCACCUCAAUUGACGUUUGGUCAGUUGGGUGCAUCUUUGCUGAGCUUCUCGGAAGAAAACCGUUGUUUCCGGGUACAGAAUGUCUCAACCAAUUGAGAUUAAUUAUCAACAUUCUUGGCAGUCAAAGAGAAGAGGAGAUUGAAUUUAUUGAUAACCCCAAAGCAAGAAAGUUUAUAAAGUCUCUUCCUUUUUCACAAGGGACUUCAUUUUCUAGACUUUACCCUCAUGCUCAUCCAUUAGCGGCUGAUUUAUUGCAAAAGAUGCUUGUCUUUGAUCCUUCAAAGAGAAUUAGUGUAACGGAAGCACUUCAUCAUCCGUACAUGUCUUCACUUUAUGACCCGAGAUGUGAUCCUCCUGUUCAUGGUCCACUGGAUAUGGAUAUAGACGAGGAACUAGGUGAAGAUAUGAUAAGAGAAAUGAUGUGGAAGGAGAUGCUUCAUUAUCAUCCUGAAGCUGUUACUACUGCCAAUGCGUAGGUAACAAUAUCUCUCACCACUAUUGAAUUUCAUGUUUGGACAAGGAUUUCUUGUUUAUCUUUUUUGCUCUUGUUGUCUUUCAGUCUAAAUAAGCAACAGGGCAUUAUGUAUUUUUAGAUUUGUACCAUUGAGACCAUCAUGAUUCAAAAACAUUCGAAUUCCACGAGCUUUGUUGUAUAUACUCCUGUUGUCAUUUUA